AUGGCGACUGACACUCUACCUUCUCUCGCUAUUCCAGGCACGAUCUUGGGUCCCGCCAGUAAAUAUGCUGCGGGCCCAGGCACACACGUUUACGGAGGCAAUAUCGUCUCGUCGCUGCUAGGCAAUGUCAACGUCACAUCACCAGCCAAAGCUCCUGGGCCGGCCAAGCGUCUAAACAAGAUCACAGCUCCAUCUGUGGAAGAAUUAUCGACAAUCUCUGUUAUCAGGCGCGGCCGCAAACGAGAGGUCUUGCCAGAUGUCGGCAACACUGUGUUGGCGCGCGUGGUGCGACUCAUGCCAAAGCAGGCCAUUGUAGUCAUUCAACAAGUUGGCGAUACAGUUCUGCAGACAGAGUGGCAGGGCGUGAUACGGGUACAGGACGUUAGGGCGACGGAGCAGGAUAAAGUCAAGAUUCACGAAUCGUUCAAACCCGGUGAUAUCGUUCGGGCCCAAGUAAUCUCCUUGGGCGACCAGGCCAACUAUUAUCUCUCGACAGCGUCCAACGAACUAGGUGUUAUCAUGGCAACCAGCGAUGCAGGGAAUGACAUGGUUCCCAUUAGCUGGAAAGAGUUCAAAGAUCCCGAUACAGGCGUGAGCGAGCCGCGAAAGGUUGCCAAGCCGAGCUGA